GGCGGGGCCGCCGCCUUCAACUCCACCCGCGACUUUCUGUUCCGCAACCGCGGCUCCGGGAUCGCGGACGCGGGCUCCGGUACGGCUCAGCACGGCCUUUUCGGCGGCUCUCCCGGAGGUUUGCACGGCCCCGGAGGCAUCCCGGACAGCCCGGGCUACCUGCUCUUCCCCGGGCUCCACGAGCAGAGCCCGAGCCACACGUCCCCCGGCGGGCACGUGGACAACGGACAGAUGCACCUGGGGCUGCGCGGGGAUCUCUUCGGGCGGCCGGACCCGUACCGCGCCGUCUCCAGCCCUCGCACGGACCCUUACGGCGGGGCCCAGUUCCACAACUACAACCACAUGAACAUGAAUAUGGGCGUGAACGUGGCCGCUCAUCACCACCACCACCAUCACCACCACGGGCCCGGGGCUUUCUUUCGGUACAUGAGGCAGCCCAUCAAGCAAGAGCUGUCCUGCAAGUGGCUCGACGAGAGCCAGCUCAGCCGGCCCAAGAAGAGCUGCGACAGGACUUUCAGCACCAUGCACGAAUUGGUCACCCACGUCACCAUGGAGCACGUCGGGGGGCCGGAGCAGAACAACCACAUCUGCUAUUGGGACGAGUGCCCGCGGGAAGGCAAAUCCUUCAAGGCGAAAUACAAACUGGUCAACCACAUUCGGGUGCACACGGGGGAGAAGCCUUUCCCCUGCCCCUUCCCCGGCUGCGGGAAGAUCUUUGCCCGCUCCGAGAACCUCAAGAUCCACAAACGGACGCACACAGGUGAGAAGCCCUUCAAGUGCGAGUUUGAGGGCUGCGACCGGCGCUUCGCCAACAGCAGCGACAGGAAGAAACACAUGCACGUCCACACCUCGGACAAGCCCUACAUCUGCAAGGUGUGCGACAAAUCCUACACCCACCCCAGCUCACUUAGGAAACACAUGAAGGUGCACGAAUCCCAGGGCUCGGACUCUUCCCCUGCAGCUAGUUCGGGCUAUGAGUCCUCCACCCCCCCUGCGGUGGGCUCGGCCGGCAGCAAGGACUCCACGAAAACGCCGCCGGCAGCCCUGCAAGGGAACCCCGGCCACAAC